AACGAGCCUGAACGAACCAAGCAUCACCCACCACACGCUCCCUCCCUCAGCAUCAGUCAGCUGAUCGCCACCACAGCGAGCAGUUGGCGUUCCCUGCCCUGCCCACAUCUUAGCAAACCAGUGAUGUUUAUAUUAUUGCUGGAGAAUAAUUCCACCAGAUGACUGACAGAGCUGUAGACUAAUCGGAUUUGAAACCUGUGCUGGUCCUCAAGCUUGGACAACCCUGUGAGGAGCAGGAUUAGAGGUAUUUUAACACCAACCUGUACAUGUUGAUGUGAGGAGUAUACACUUUCAUUCAGGCAGUUGCUGAGAGAAUUUACGAUAUUCUGGAAGCAGGUUAUAAGCACCUGUUUGUGCUGAGGAUUUACACUGAUCCGAUGGGGAUACUUGAUUAGGCAGUAUCAGGGAUGAAGUAUGGGCCCCCGCCUCUGCAAGUUGAGCUUCCGCUCGCUGCGCGACCUCUUCCUCCUCCUCAUCCUCAUCGCGGUGCUUUCCUCCAUGAUGACCCUCCACAUGAGCAGUUACCUCCCUUGGCUCCAGUCCCAACCCGAGCUUAAGGUCCAUGUAGACGGGCACCUCAACAUCUACCGAAGUCUUCAACUGAGUGAGAAGAGGGAGGAUGGGUCGAGGAAGAGGCUGCUGUUCCAUGGGAGGAAGAAGAUGUCUGGAGAACACCGGGCUCUGGUUGCAAGGCUGUUGCAGCUGGAAGAGCAGUCGCUGCCCCUGAAGACCUCCCCAAUUGUAAUCCUAGCCGAGGGUUCUCUAUCAGCUGUGAAACAUGAGGUUCCGCUCCUUGAGUCAGCCUUCUCACAACUCGGAGCCAAAGUCAAGUUCAAAGUCAUCGAAGAUUCUGAUAACAAAGAUGACAAUGUGGAUGAAGACAUGUAUGCCACCAACAAGCCCACAUGGCGUGUACUGAUGUGUCUGAACACAUCCAGACCCAACACAUGCCGGGACACAGGGCAGCACUUGGACCAGAGGGACUUCCAGAGGAUGAACGUGAUCCCCGCCCUCCAUGCCCUGUUGUUUGACCCUCAGGUCAUGUGCCAGGGCGUGGGCAGUACAGGUCAGUGGCAAGGGGGACCACUCCCGUGUUACAAACUUCUUGAGGAUGUCCGUGCCCUGCCCUCCAGCCAGCCUGGUGACAAAAGUGGAGGUGGAUGUGGUGAGCGCACAAUGUGGGUCCUACACGCUGGAAGACAGGGGGGACAACCAUCCAUUCGGGAGUGUGAGGAGCUGAAACAACUGACAAAGGGCCCUGACUGGAAAGCUGGUGUGGCGGUGAAGCUCCCUCCCCGCCUGUUCCAUGUCGGAGUUCAACCACUGAUGGUCCAGUUCCAUGUGCUCGUGAUGUCCUUCUCCCCACUCCGACUCUAUCUGCACUCCGAAGCCCUCACUUGGGAGGGUAUCAGCUCCUACCUCAACAAGAAGCCCCAGCGGAGCCUGACACUGGGGGAGCUGCAGCAGCUGAUGAGGGACUCGCGGGGACACCAGGUGUCGAUGGACCAGCUGGAGGAAGCUGUCGUGGAUGCACUACUGCUCCUGGAGUCAGCCGACAAGCACCUGCAGGAGCAGACUCACACUAGGUGCCAUUCCUGCUUCCAACUCCUGGAAGUGGCCACAGUCUUCAACACUUCCUUCCAUCCAUUUAUACUGCAGAUCAAGCCAUACACUCACACAGGCAAAAUGGCUUCUCUAAAUGAAUACCUUGUGAGACAGAGGAUACUGGAAGAUUUGGCAGCCAUGUUGGUUGCUAGGGAUACCGUUGUCAUGGAUAUUGCCAAGGGGCUUGGAGAACUUGGACUGACAAAUUUAUACAAUGAAGGAGUGUGCAAUUCUGAUCAGAGCUUCUGCCUUAGUAAAGGGGACCUCAUCUUCUCCCUCAACAACAGACGUGAGCAGCUUCAUCACGGCAGCUUCAUCAAGCUUUAUCCAUCCACUGCAGCUGUGAAAUACACACAUUUGUUACAAGCUGUCAAUCAAGAUGGGGACGAGGUAGACGACAUAGAGGGCGCCACUGACCAACAUUCAUCUACCGUGGAGUUACAUUCCUAUCUUCUCAGCCUGGAGAGUUACUUUGCACAUAUGGAGGAGGAGGAGUCUAUCGAAGCUUAUGAUGAUAUGAAUGUACCAAUAGACUUUGAUGGUAUAACCAGUGCUAAAUCAUCUGCCAGGGGUCCCAAUAUCACAGAGGUGCAGUCCAGAGUGGCAUGUGACAAUGACCCUGCCAGCAUGCCAUACCUCGUCAACGUCAUAACAAAGCCUUCCAUAGACCUGAUGCCAGAGUUCUCUCCCUUGACCACGGAGUACCGGGCAGUGGUUGGGUACGACAUGCUUCUCAUCACUGUGUGGGCGUUUGCCAAGAGUUGCUCGUCUCAGGCCCGUCUAGAGGAUAAGCAUGGAAACAAACGAGAGGUGAACUUUACGCUGGGUAUUGGGGAGAACCGUAUCAGUAUUUAUGUGGUGGACAUGAGUCACGCAGACCCCUGGGUCCUCAACACCUACACCCUCAUCAUAGAGAGGCAGGGGCCGGACUACCAGCAGACGUCAUUCCUCCCUGGGCUGCCCCAUCAAGUCUGUAGUCUCACACAGGACUGCUCUCUGCGUUUCCUCAAGACCUCCUCCUGUGGGUUGAAGCCGGUGUACCAGGAGAGGAGCUGGGCCAGGUUCAUGGAGAAGAUGAUGUCCCUGCCGCAGUGCCAGGACGGGGAUGUGAAAGGUCAGUGGUAUGUCCCCUGCACUGACUGCAAUGAUAGCCCUAGUUGCUAUUGGAAACAGGCGCUAUGGCAACCAGAUACUUGUUCCUAUAAAUGGUUACCAAGAGGAAAAGUGCAGCAGUGUUUUGCUGGUAAAAAGGUGUUGUUCAUAGGGGACUCAACAAACCGUGGCAUCAUGCACUACAUCUCGGAGCGAGUGAACAACACGUUGUUGGAGUGGGACAAGACGCACCACUUGAAGGUCUACAACAACCUCAACAACAACACAACAACAUUCAGCUUUGCCUACUACCCUCAAUUCUGGCUGCCGGCCGAACACAGACCCGUCUUUGACAAAGCUCUUUUUCAACUUAUAAAAAAAAAUAGUCCCCUUGAGAACAGCACGAAGACAGUGCUGGUAAUCGGCGGCGUCCAUUGGUUGGCCAAACACCACAUAGACGUUGUCAUCAAGGCACUCCGGAGGGAGGGUCUGACCGGUGUCCAGCUGGUGGUCAAGGGACUGGGAGCCGGCUUCCACCAGCCGGUCAGUGGCGUCCACUGUCUGUCACAGAAAGAGCAGCAGCGCUUUCUGUCUCACAACCAAGCCACACUAAAGUACGCCAGACAGAGUGGCUUCAGCAUCGUUGAUACGUUCAACAUGACCAUGGCGAGAUACAGAGACUUCUUGCAAGGAAAAUGUGCUUGCCAUUUCCAUAGAGUGUCCAUGACAAAAACCAGUUAUAACCCGUCCAAUGCUGAUGGAUCUAAACAUAGCCUUUCAUCCUCCUACUCCGAGUCCUCACAGACUGUGUAUCAUGUUGAAGGGGAGAUAAAUGCUGUAUAUUCCGAGAUGUUGAUUAGCCAGAUCUGUGGACCUUCAUAGCAGGAGCUGGGACAACAUCAGGAACAUCAGCGCUAUGGUUCAUCACAAGACAAACAUACAUUAACAACACACAGUCUUCAAACUAAAUCUGUUAACGUUCUAAGACGACAUUUCAGUGUGGGAUGGCAUACAAUUCUAAGAGAAUUGGGGAAUCGAGAGGUUUGUGUGUGCAGCCCUACCCAAUAUUUUUCAGACAUCUUAAGUUUUAACUUUGUGACUUGGGUAUUAUGUGCACCCUCCUUUUUCAAAUCCUGGAUCCGCCUCUGAAGAGUCAUAUUCAUCACACAGAUAAUAUAUCCUUGUUUACUUUCACAAAACACAAGGAGAGUGCAGGCAUGAGUGAAUUAGUUGUGAAGAAUUUACUGUCUGUUGAUGACAAAAACCUUCCGCAAUAUUUGAUGUGAAGGAUAAAGCACGACUCCUCUGCAAUUUGGUAUCGGCAAUGUAAGAUAUGUGAGCUUGCAGGUUUAAUUCCCGUCAUCCAUAAUGAAAAAGUUUAAUUUCUUGUCAACAUUGGACAUUUGAAACACAAACUCCAAAUUCAAUCUGCUACUCAAUUCAUCAGGUCUUACAAGGAAAAAGUAAAACCUCAUACCAGGUCUUACAAGGGAAAAAGUAAAACCUCAUACCCAGGAUGAGGUCUUACUAGGAGAAAGAAAAGCCUUCCAAGAGGUUAUUACAAGAUAGGAAGAUACCUACAAUACAAUAGGCAUAGUGACAGUAGGUUUAUCGGUACUUUUAAUUCCUGUACAGCAAACUCUAGAUGAGGGCAAGAUUUGCUUGAUGGUAACUUGAAAUGCUAGGUACAUAGAGGAAAACCAUAAGUGGUCCACACAGGGAAACCAGCCCAGGACUUCUGUAUGGGAGGCCCAGUCAGCUAAGGGGCACAUUUUGAUAUGCAGAGUUGCGUCCUUUAGGAUUCAAACCUAGGAUUGUGGGUUCGAAUCCUGGUUCCGCCUGAUUAUUUCCUUGGUUUGUCAGCACCAUUACUGUGCUGGUGGAUGUCACCAAGUCUUACCUCCCACAUCCAGCUGACAUGACGUGAUAUAGAAAAUGGUACAGAAAUACUGUUCAAAACCAGGUUAAACCAAACUCGCUCACUGUUUGUGAACACAUGCACUCGCCAUCUGUCUGUCAACACAUGAAAUAAUAAUUCCUAAAUUUAAUGGCUGAAUACAAAGCAAUUAUAUACAACUCAAAAGAAGUUAAGGCCCAGCUGAUUCUUUCAUAUUGCUCUAGUUAAUCUGAGCCUUGACAGAUUAACUAUAGUUAUAUGAAAGACUUGGGUGGCCCUUAACUUCUUUUGACCAGUAUACAUGUAUCAGAUAUCAUACUUUCUGUUUUUAGUGAGUUAGAAGACAAACAUGGCACUUUGAUAUAGCAAUACAAUAUGCCAUAAUGUUUUCAAUGUCAAAUAAUUAAAUUUUCGUUGUGUGCAUUGAAAUUCCUGCAUUCUGAUUAGCUGAAUUGGUCACGUGUUAUUGCAUUCAUUUCCCAAUGAAUGUAGAAAAUUAAGCCAUGCCCACCGAAGCGGACUACUUUUAUCACUACGGAAUGUCGGGGAAUCCCAGGGUACAGUGGAGGGAAUUCCCUAUCCGCUCACCUGUAUCUUCUUGAACUUAUCAGGCCUCGUAUUCAUACAGUUUGCACAUCGGUUUUUCGAUUCAUACCUCAAUGAACCGAAAAAAAUACACAGUCAAUCCUUAAGUAUUAUUGAAAUGAUUCAUGAUUCACAGUUUAAUCUACUUUGAAUUCAUUUUUGAUAUGGUUAUCACAUGUUUUUAUUUUGUUAAGUAAUCCUAUGGACGACCAAUCACACUGACGGUAUUGAAAUUGAUCAUGUUGCUACCUGUGUGACACAAGCUAUUUUCAGGACAACUAUUCCUUGUUUAUCAUAUCACCACUACUCUGGUUCAGUUUUAUUAUUAGCAAAAUAUAUUUUUUGUACCCCAAAUCGGAAAUAUGCAGUGAUAAGGAAACUUGACAUUUAAUAUGUUUUGGGGGAUUUAUUUUUAAAAUUAAUCAUGUGCAAAACAAGUACAUGUUAGGUUUUAAAAUCAAUAUUUGAUUUGACUGGGGAUCAGUGGUAUCAAAUCACUGUAACGUGGCUUGGAUUAUUACAGCUGAACUGACUGGGGAUCAGAGGUAUCAAAUCACUGUAACAUAGGUUAGAUUAUAACAGUUGAUCUGACUGGGGAUCAGAGGUAUCAAAUCACUGUAACAUGGCUUCGAUUAUAAAAGCUGAUUUGGCUGGUUACUCUGAGGUAUCAAAUUACUGUAAAAUGGCUUGGAUUAUAACAGAUGAUCUGACUGGGGAUCAGAGGUAUCAAAUCACUGUAACAUGGCUUAGAUUAUAACAGCUGAUCUGACUGGUGAUUAGAGGUAUCAAAUCACUGUAACAUGGCUUCGAUUAUAACAGCUGAUUUGGCUGGUUACUCUGAGGUAUCAAAUUACUGUAACAUGGCUUAGAUUAUAACAGCUGAUCUGACUCGGUACUUAGAGGUAUCAAAUCACUGUAACACUGCUUAGAUUAUAACAGCUGAUCUGACUGGGUACUUAGAGGUAUUAAAUGACUAUAAAAUGUCAGCUGAUUUGGCUGCCUGACUGCAUAGUAAUAUACCGGUAUACUCACAGUAAGAACAUUGAGGGAACAUGGACAAUUCCUAUUUGCUAAUUUGAGGCAUAUUUUGCCAUGAUCAUGACAGUUUUGAAUAUUUAUAUGUAAAUAGUAUACAUGAUGUAAAGAUAUUUAUUUCUUGUAACAAAUAAUAUUUGUGUACAUAUGACAAGUGUGUGUAUGGAGGACGCAUGGGACCAAAACACUGAAUUGCUCAAUGGUAUGGUAUAAUAGCCGUUUUCAAGAAGUUAAUAGACCAGACGUUUUAAGCCUUGUAUAAGGGAUGACCUUGAUCCUAUAAACAAUCUGUGCGCCGUUAAAACUUGGUUUAAUUCAACCCCUACUUAUCAGCUGGAUUGUUUCAUUUUUAUUUCAAGAGCCUUCUUUCUGUCCUGGGUGUAGCAUUGUUGAUAAUUCCCCGAUUCAUGCUUAGAAUUAUUUAUAUUUUUGUCUUUUUUUACAUUCAUAUUUUUAGGAAUACACUGCAUAAUGUAGUAUAUGUAUAAUAUUUUUCUUGCAUAAUAAGUUUGCAAUAAUACAUGAUAAUAAAUGAUUGACUUCUACAUGUAUUAAUGUAAUAUGGACGCAAUUCAAUGCAUCCUGAAGCUGCGUAACAUAUAUCAUUCAUUAAUGAACUGAACAAUGUCCUUAUAUACUUAAUAUCAGAUAUUUUGAUUUCCAUGUUCCACGUUUCCACAACAACAUAAUUUAUUGCAUGACACAUUAUACAUACAGUCGGCCCACCUUAUUGGUAUGGUAUGCCACCAUGGGGGCCGUGUCAAAAGUUUGCAUGUCAUUUCCAAGAUUAUUUUUCUGGUUUCAAUCAUGACAACCUCCCUCGCCCUCAGUAAAGUGUCAACUGCAGUUAAUACCAGAAUAAUGGAUCUUUAUGAUCCAGGCAGUGUAUGUAAUGUGUACACAACUUUGUUUGUCCAUUUUCUGAAAAUAGAAUGUAGCAAGCACAUAACAGGAAAAGAGUUUUGAUUUUUGUGUUGAAAUUAAGUCCCUAUUAGUUUUAUUAAGAUACAAACAAAUGUCCUUUACAAUUUAUACAUACCAUUUUUAAGUGGCUUAAGCGCCAAUACUGUCUUCAUAAAGGAGGUUGAACAUCACAUUGCCAAAUGGAACUGUUAUUUUGGAAUUAACAUGUGAACUUUUCACACAACCCCGUAAUUAUUUUUCUGAAUAGGAAACAUACAUUUAUCUCAGGGGAUUUACAAGAUUUCUUGACUUUUGUUUCUUACUCAAAUGUUUUUUCAUCUGACAACCCUAUUACAUAUAGACCCUGAGAUAUACAGACCCUUUUAUAUUCAGACCCUGAUAAAUACAGACCCUGUUAAAUACCCUAUUACAAGUACCCUAUUAAAUAUAUAAACCCUUUCAAAUAUAGACCCUGUUAAAUACAGAUCCCUUUAAAUACCCAGAUCCUGUUAAAUACAGACCCCAUUCAAAACCCAGAUCCUGUUAAAGACAGACCUUGUUAAAUAAAGACCCUAGUACACAGACCCUGUUCAGUUUAAGCUGUUACACAUAUAUAAGAACUUGAACCAAAAUAUUCGAUUCCAAUUUCAACAGGGAACAAGCUAUUCUGUAAGAUGAUGUUAUUUCCGUCCAUGACCCUCAGGUCACAUAUCAGUUAGAAAUAAGGGAGUGUUACUCUGUAAUGGGGUGUGAUACUCUGUAAUGGGGUGAAUGAUACUCUGUAAUGGGAUGUGGUACUUUGUAAUGGGGAGUGGUACUCUGUGAUUGGGUGUGGUACUUUGUAAUGGGGUGAAUGAUACUCUGUAAUGGCGUGAAUGGAACUUUGUAAUGGGGUAUGGUACUUUGUAAUGGGGUGUGAUACUUUGUAAUAUGGUGUGGUACUUUGUAAUGGGGUGAAUGGUACUCUGUAAUGGGGUGAACGGUACUUUAUUACCGGAUUUGAUAAUUUGUAUCGGGGGGGAUGGUACUUUGUAAUGAGGCGUUCUGUUGAUACUCACUAGAGGAGGUUGGGAUUACAAAUAGGAAAAAAAGGAUAAGAACCUCCGACCCACCCCUGUAACAAAAGAAGUGUAUGUUAUACUCGUAGGUCAGUGUUAAACAUGACUGUAUGUAUAUUUCAGAUCCAAGUGAGUUAAGUUGUCAUGUUAUUCAUAAUUUUAUCUGUAUUUUACUUUAUUACCAGUUUAUAUAAUUCAACCAUGACUCUUUUAUUUACUAAUUUGAUGUUUUGUUUAUUCUGAUGUUUGACUUUUUGAUUCAUGCACUCACAUUUUACUUCAGUGUUCUACCUUUUCAGGGACGAAGCUUAGCUAAAAAUAACAAACACUGAGUUACAUCAUGACUUUUUUCUAAGAUGGCACAGUGUAUACAUCAUUUGGAACUGGAUCACCGUUUGAGCCGUGGUGGAUCUUGGGAGUGACCUCCCCUUUCCUUGGCUAUAGAUUUAUAAAACAAAUUCAUUGCCCUAUUGGAUAUCCUAGAUCUGUACUAAUAAUUUGCUUUUUGUGGAAGAGAAACUCAUAUCCAUUGAAAAUACCCAGGUGAGGCAGAUAAUAAAUUCACCAACGCUCGAAAAGUAAGAUCUUAGGACAACAAUAGCUGAUGUGCCUUUCUGAAAAUUAUUCCCUGUACUGCAUGGUGUAGUGAAAUAACUGACCAUAUUUCACCCGAGUGACCAAUGGGUUUUAAUACUGUAUUUGGAAAUAGUAAAAUGGGUUCAUUUAACGCCAUUUGAACAGUAUUUCAGUGAUGUCAUGGUGUGUUAGCAUUUGUUGGUGUUGACAGACCAAAGUUCAUCACCAGGUUUGAGGAGGCUUGUAAAAAUUCAUUUGUUUCUUCUUCCCCCCUCCCCCAAAUUCUCUGGUAUUUUUAAAGCAGAUAAACAAAUUUGAAGUCAAAUUUCAUUUUUGCACCCAAUUCUGUUUGCAUACACUUUGCUUUUCUUGGUGUGUAAGGUUUGUAGAGGGACCUAGCUGUGGUCACCAUGACAACAAGUCCAUCUUUUCAUCCUUCAAGGUGCAGGGCUGUAUUAGAAUAAAGAUUUUUCCCAGUCAAAUAUUUACAAAUUAUAUCCUCCCUCCCUACCCUCCCCACCAAAACAAGACUUACCGGUAUGUAACAGGCCUAUUCAUGGCGAUGCUAGCUACCCUAACCAAGGAUGUUAUUCCAGUGCUAACAGAUUACAGGUUGUCAGGAGUACACAAGCAUCAAAUGCUUCCAUUGCCCCUUGGAAACAAAUUAUCAAGUGCUGAAAUGUUAUAUUAUUGUUUUGUUGAUUUUGUAAGAUAUUCUUUAAGGAACACAAAGUGUACAUGGUACACAAUCGGCACAUUCUUGUUGUAAAGACUGUACAAAAUGUCAAUAAAUCGUUAUCAUAA